AUGGCGGAGAAUGGCCAAUAUGUUGACAACUCAAUCUGGUUCUACGCACCCAACAAGGUCGCUCCGGUCUUCUUCACAAUAUUUUUCGCUAUAUCCUUUGCAAUUCACCUGUGGCAAUGCAUCCACUUCAAGUCGUGGAAAUUCACAGGUCUCCUGCCAUGGGCCGCCCUCAUCUUCGUCUCCGGCUAUGCCACGCGAGAAGCCGGUGCUUUUCACUAUGAUAAUCUUGAUGUCUUCAUCGCCUCCAUCUGUUUGGUCUACGCUGCUCCGCCCAUCUACGAACUAGCCAACUACAUCAUUCUCGGCAGAAUCCUCUACUAUGUACCCUACCACUCCCCCAUCCACCCCGGUCGCGUCAUCACCACCUUCGGCUUCAUCUCUGCCAUCGUCGAAGCACUGAAUGCCAACGGCGCCGCCAACUCAUCCAACUCCUCGCUGACAAAAUCACAACGCGAUAUAGGCCAUGCGCUGUUAAAGGCUGCGCUUCUGAUCCAGUUGGUGGUUCUGACCUUUUUCGUCUCUCUCGCCGUUACUUUUCAUCGGCGAUGCAAGCGCGCUGGUCUCUUACCUGCGAAUCUCAAGACUAUUCUGUACACGCUAUACGCCUCUUCGACUCUUAUCUUAAUACGCACGAUUUAUCGUACGGUCGAAUACUGGGAAAUUGUGAAUGUCGAUUUCAGCGAUCCGAACCUCAAAGUGUCCGAGCUGUCGCCAAUGGUUCGAUACGAGUGGUUCUUCUGGCUGUUCGAAGGGUCCCUUAUGCUCCUCAACACUACCCUGAUGAACGUCUGUCAUCCUGGCCGUUUUCUCCCUCGCUCAAUCAAGGUCUACCUCGCACAAGAUGGCGUCACUGAGCUCGAAGGUCCUGGCUAUCAGGAGAAGCGCAACUUCUUCAUCACCCUCCUCGACCCCUUCGACCUGGUCGGUCUGAUCCAAGGGCGCAACAAACAGAAUCGCUUCUGGGAGACCCAGGAACAUGCCCAGCCCGUCACCCAAGGGUCAAAAGUCACUCCCGCUACAAGCGAGGACGGUGCAAAGAGAAACGUCGGGAUGGUACUCCUGGACCCACUCGAUCUCAUCGGACGCGUAACGGGUGAGAGAAAGAGGAGGGAAGAGCGCGCAAGACACGGGCAAGGGAAUGAUUUGUUGAUGGAGGAUAGGCAGACGGUGCAGGCAAAGGUCUGA